UUUGGAGCCUCUGGAAAAAGGAAAGAAGAAGAAAGAGGGGAAAAAAAGUGGGACUGUGUGUGAAGUGACAGGAUGAUGCUGAGGGAGGGGGCACCGAGCGAUUGAAAUGCCUCAUUUUUGGGCUAGUGUGCCGGCGUUUUUUUCAAAUCUGUGCACCGUGAGAUUGUGUCGAAUAACGGGAGACCUGCACAGCUGCUGCCGGUAUGUGAGCGACUUCACACACUGAAGGUAAUAAAAAUAAUAGUAAUAACAAUAAUAAUAAAAACCCGGCUCGGUGUUAUUUGCUUCUGUUUCCUCUCCCUCUCUCUUUUUCUCUCUUGCAUCAAUUUGAUGCUGCGUGAGGCUGCUGGGCGAUGAUGCAUCGGUGUGGUUUGACUGUAUGAAUUCGCUUCAUAUCAAGUCUAUUUACUCUGCUCGGACUGUUCGCCUCGGCGAUGUAAAUUCGAGCAAUUAAGUCUUUUUUUUUUUGUUUCUUCCCGACCCACCUUGCGACAGAAAAAUAUGCCUUAUUUCGACGCGAGGUGCGAGGAUGCCUGUAGCUGUGAUUGUGUCAUUGCUGCGGCACACUCCGGAGCUCCUCGGCUCAAGACAGACACAACUAACCUCAGCUGAAGAGAAGACAGCCAGCUACCAAGUGCUUUACCACCCAACAUAAGCCAUACGAGCCCGUGCAUGUAUGUGGGAGAAGGCCGAGCUGCUGACACUCUCCAGGGAGACUUCUGUUGCACUGAGGUUUGGGAGCUUCCCAAGAACUGCCACAUCCCCAAAUCCGUCUGAGGACUGCUGUGAGCUUACAAGCUUCCUGAUGAUUUUUGGAGGGCAGCCCCGAUGCAUCUUGUGAGUGUGAAAACUCAAAGAGCCCUUUUGCCAGGUUUGCAUCACCAGACAGGAGCAGACGGUAACUCUGUGUGUGUCAUGUUAGAGGCUGGACUCUUGCCUGCUCCCUCCAGCUCUCAGCCAAAAUCUCUGACCUGCCCUGUCUGAGCCCUUUUUGUUUUGUAUGAGCAUCACAACAGCACAACGGGAAACAGUGUCAAGCAGCUCCAACAGUUUGUUUGUGUGACUAUCCCACCCUAUUCUAUCAAAAUAAAAGCCCCCCGGAAACCAGGGUCAGGAUGCAGGUGUCUUUCGCCUGCACCGAGCACAACCUCAAGAGUCGCAGUGAGGACCGGCUUUGUGGCCUUCGUACCGCUCCACCUCCUGGAGGAAGCAGUGGAGGAGUAGGGGGAGGCGGCGGUGGAGGAGGAGGAGGAGGUGGCGGUGGCGGUGGAGGUGGUAGUGGAGGAGGAAGUGGUGGAGGAGGAAGUGGACAAGGGAGUAAUGGCAACUACAUGUCUCAAGGCUCCGUCAAGACCAGGGAGGGGCCCGGGUCCCGUCAGACUCCACAGGGCCAUGCCCACAUGAAGGAGGCCAUCGGGCGCCACACCAGUAUGAAGUACAGGAACCUUGGGAAGUCAGGCCUACGUGUUUCCUGCCUCGGGUUAGGCACCUGGGUGACAUUUGGAUCUCAGAUUUCUGACGAGAUGGCCGAGAACCUGAUGGCCAUAGCUUAUGAGAACGGAGUGAACCUGUUUGACACGGCAGAGGUGUACGCCUCCGGAAGAGCGGAAAUCACUCUCGGGAACAUCAUCAAGAAGAAAGGAUGGAGGCGUUCCAGUUUUGUCAUUACAACAAAAAUAUACUGGGGAGGCCAAGCAGAGACAGAGAGAGGACUCUCCAGAAAGCACAUUAUUGAAGGUUUAAGAGGAUCCUUGUCAAGACUGCAGCUAGAUUAUGUGGACAUCGUUUUUGCCAACAGAAACGACGUCAACAGUCCGAUGGAAGAGAUUGUACGGGCCAUGACGUUUGUAAUAAACCAGGGUAUGGCCAUGUACUGGGGAACCUCACGCUGGAGUGCCAUGGAAAUCAUGGAGGCGUACUCGGUAGCACGCCAGUUCAACCUGAUACCACCUGUGUGUGAGCAGGCAGAGUAUCACUACUUCCAGAGGGACAAAGUGGAGGUGCAGCUUCCUGAGCUCUACCACAAGAUCGGAGUCGGAGCUAUGACCUGGUCCCCACUUGCUUGUGGAUUAAUCACGGGGAAGUACAGUGAUGGUGUGCCAGAGUGCUCCAGAGCAGCAAUGAAGGGAUACCAGUGGCUGAAGGAGCGAGUGAACAGUGAGGAGGGCCGCAGGCAGCUCGCUAAAAUCAAGGAGCUCCAUCUACUGGCGGACAGACUGGGCUGCACUGCUGCACAGUUAGCCAUAGCCUGGUGUCUGCGCAGUGAGGGAGUCAGCUCAGUACUUCUGGGUGUUUCUACUACAGACCAGCUACUUGAGAACCUGGGUGCCCUACGGAUUUUAUCCCAAAUGACCCCUCAAACCAUCACUGAGAUUGAUGCCCUGCUGGGGAAUAAGCCACACUCCAAGAAAGAGUUGCGUGCUUGAAGAUGCAAACCUGAGUGACAGAUGAUGUUUUUCGAAGAAGAUGAAGACAACAAUGACAUUGGGAAACAUCGCUUUUUGCUCUGCUGUAUACUCAACAACUUGCAUGUCCUCAGCAACAUUAUGCUUCCAGUAUGUGCGCAUAAUCCAUUUUGCGCAGUACAUUGUAUCAUGUAUGAAAAAAAAGAAGAUCUCUCAAUUGUGAAAAAAAAAAAAACCCAACAGGUCAUAUAUUGCUCACUGCCGAUUGUUCACAGACUAAUUAUGUCUACAGAGGGGGAGGAUGGUUGGAGCUCUGCCAUCCACAGAGACCAAGAGAGGUUGAAAGAUAUUCAACUGCUGUCAAAGCAGAUUUGACUCUUGUUAAUCAAAUGUUAUAAAGUGAAGAAAAAAAAAACACCUCUGUGCUAAAAUGCAACUUUAAAGUGUGAAUGGUGCUUUCAUUGGACAUUUGAGUCUCCUCCCCUCGCAGCUGCCUGUUAUUCUGUAUGAUGUUUAGUACCCAGCAGCCAGAGAGCCAGAGGUUAGUACUCAUGUGUCUAGCCUAACAUUUCCCAUAGUGUGCAUGUGACUGCUCUGCCACGCUCACUGCUUUACAGGGUUGGGAACAAUGGAUUACUUGUAAAAUGUGGAGAAAAAAAUGAAUCAAGCCUGGUGCAAGUCUUAAAAAAAGAACAGAUCACAUGCUUUAAAAAAAAAAAAAAAGUCAAUUUAAUUCAUUGCUUUGAAAGAAACAAAACAUUUUUACACAUUUUGGCAUAAAUUGCUUGCUCUAAAUGAAAAUGAAUGAAUCGUACUGCAACAAUAACUGACUGGCUUUUGGAUUAUAGUGCAUAAUAUUAGAUAUUACUAUCUAAAAUUGGCAAUCAGUAAGAUUUUUGAAAGUAACUUUCCCAACCCUGCUGCUUCCUCAGCAGUCUUUUUGCCUCUUCUGUUUGUAAACUGUGCGCAUGUCCCUUUAAGAGAGAAUAUCCCUAACAGGGUGUAAAUGUGGCAUGGCUUUUAUGGCUUAUGUAGAUUUGCAGUGCCCUUGUAAGCCAUUUUUUUACUCGAAAUGGUCUGGCAGUUUGAUCCAGGAUCCACGCUGGCGGGGCACUCUUGCUUUAAAGACUCUCUGCAGUCUGCAGACACGCCUGUGUGUCCAUCUGACGUAUAAUCUUUGUAUUGUCCUAAACUGUAUCAAAAGAUGUUGACAUCACUUUGACGAUGCCGUUCUUGUGAAGAAGCAUCAUUGUUCCUAAAUCAAAAGGUUUGAGACAGUUGGACUGUGUGGAAAGGUCACUGAGCAUCUGACACAAAGAUUUGGACACACUGUGGUGUAAAACUAGUAGUUUUCAAAUGAUAGGACAUAAAUGAUAAGUAUGAGUUUAUCAAAUGUGAUAUUACUCUUGCCACAGGUCACUUGGGGUAAGAUUUAGCAAAUGUAACUUUUUUUUGUGGAAGCCUAAAAAUAUAGCUUCUCUGCUCAUUUCUCUGGGA